UUGCAACCAGACAAUAUUUAGCAAGUUUAAAGUUUUGCUUCCUAAUAUAUCCCAAAACAUGCUAAAACAAAUGUUCUACCUAACAAUUCAGAGAUGGGGAGAUUGACCUUUGGUUUGAUAAGAUUAAUCUUUUAUCUUUUCCCUCUCCCUAUAUCAGAGUAUCAGUCACUAUCUUUAGCAUGUCGUACUGUUUAUAACAUGUCGUAUAUCGGCUUCUCACACAUACCCGUAUAAAAUAAAAGAUGCACUGAAUAAGGGUGAGGAUCUACAGGAAUGUCACCAGUGAUAUUUGUAUAUUCAUCGUUGAUUUUUUUAGUGUGCGUUAAUUGUGUGUAUACCAGUACUCAAACCAUUGAUGUGGAUAAGAACGAGUGUGAGUACUACACGUCGUAUAAGCUCAAUCAGUUUAAUACGUAUGAGAUCGUGUGGCAUGGCUACGCCAUCAAGGGGUGUGGGGUGGGCUUCUACGCCGAGGGGGACAACAUCUUCUCCUUUGAUGAUUAUAAGAUCUGUGUUCAACCCAUCGUCUGGAGAAUGUUAGACUGCUCCUCUAAGCUCUACCUGAAAUAUAACGAUGUCAAGAGUGUAGUUUGCAAUGAAAGAGUCCCGCAGACCCACUGCAAUGAAGCAAACAUGAAUCUAGAUAUAGAGGUUAAGAUGCAUGAUCUGAACGCCUGGAGAGUGAAUACCACCAGCUUUACGUUGAAAGUAUACGCUAAAAAUACCACAUAUUAUGGAAUAGGACUGUUGGCGGCUUGUGUGUUACUAUGGGUCCUCAUCGUGGCUAUGUGUACGAUAGUCAGAAGACGUCGUUCUAUCAGACGACACAGUCGAGGGUCAUCUACCUUAUAUAGUCUGUCAGGUAUUGACAACAUAAAUUAUACAACAUCAGAAGGUCCCUGUCCGCCGCCAUAUACACCACGUGACGACCAUCCCUUACCGCCUUACUCUACAGAAGAUCCUCACAAGGGAGAUAAUUCUAUUUCACACAUGUAGAUCUCACCUACCAAUGUUUAUAUUUGAUCUAUGUUUAUUUAUUAAAUCGUUCUUUUUACUUUG